CUCCUUAUACAUGAUCCAUUUCUCAUCUUGCUUAAUCAUAAUUCGUUACUCGCACAUGUACUUGACCUGGCCACAAUUGGCUCAACAUAGGUAAAUCAGGAGUCGUAUAAUUGCACUUCCUCGGGAUAAACCCUCGUGCAAGUCAUCCUCCUUAAACAUCAUAAUAUCACCAGGGAAUAUAUAUUUUCCCACAUAUGUAUCCAAAUACAA